GGGAGGAGCUGCCACGUCCGAACCCGGGAGCCGCCGCCGCCGCUGCCGCCGCCAUGGUGUCAGUCAUUAACACUGUGGAUACCUCCCAUGAGGACAUGAUUCAUGAUGCCCAGAUGGACUAUUAUGGCACCCGUUUGGCCACCUGCUCGUCAGAUAGAUCUGUCAAAAUCUUUGAUGUGCGGAAUGGGGGUCAGAUUCUCAUUGCUGACCUGAGGGGUCAUGAAGGCCCCGUGUGGCAAGUGGCCUGGGCUCAUCCUAUGUAUGGAAACAUCUUAGCCUCCUGCUCCUAUGACCGGAAAGUCAUCAUCUGGAAAGAAGAAAAUGGCACGUGGGAAAAAACAUAUGAGUACACGGGACAUGACUCUUCAGUGAACUCGGUGUGCUGGGCCCCCCACGACUACGGGCUCCUUCUUGCCUGUGGCAGCUCUGACGGGGCCAUCUCCCUGCUGAGCUACGGUGGCGAGGGGCAGUGGGAGGUGAAGAAGAUCAACAAUGCCCACACCAUUGGCUGCAAUGCUGUGAGCUGGGCUCCUGCCGUCGUACCCGGGAGCCUGGUAGACCAGCCAUCUGGACAGAAGCCAAACUACAUCAAGAAGUUUGCCUCGGGCGGCUGUGACAACCUGAUCAAGCUGUGGAAGGAGGAGGAGGAUGGUCAGUGGAAAGAGGAUCAGAAGCUGGAAGCCCACAGUGACUGGGUCCGAGAUGUUGCCUGGGCCCCCUCUAUCGGCCUGCCGACAAGCACCAUUGCCAGCUGCUCCCAGGAUGGUCGAGUGUUCAUCUGGACCUGCGAUGAUGCUUCUGGAAACACAUGGUCUCCCAGAUUACUGCACAAGUUCAAUGAUGUUGUGUGGCAUGUAAGCUGGUCUAUCACUGCCAACAUCCUAGCUGUUUCAGGAGGAGACAACAAAGUUACUCUGUGGAAGGAAUCAGUUGAUGGACAGUGGAUGUGUAUCAGUGAUGUCAACAAAGGCCAAGGUUCAGUGUCUGCAAUCACAGAAGGCCAACAAAAUGAGCAGUGACCACAUCAGUGCCAGCAGGGCAGACCCACCGAGGAAUCAGCCAGCCAUGGAGCUGGAGGACAGCUGUCUGCGGCCAGGACCUCUGGAACUGCUACAUCUGGGUCAGCUGAUGAACAGGUUUUUCCCAAACUGGGAAGGGAAAUGAGAUGAUUCCGAAUUCAAUAAGAUCACGUGUUCCUACAAAUAGAUGCAACCACAGUAUUGAUCAUCUGCCUUAAAAUGAUUCGAUAUGGUCUCUAAGUUAACCUGACUGGUUCAGAACGUUUAGAGUUUAAGAAAAAUUAUUACAAAUGGUCUUCAAAGUUGUUCAUUUUAAGAUAUUUUUUUUAGCCGCUACUUUUGUGUACCCCUUGAAUUUGGGGUUUGUGUUGGGGGUGGGGUUGUUUUCAAAAUAAUUGAAUAAAGUCAAUAAUUCUUUA